AUGCUUCGAUCGAGUAAUCCGAUUUAUUAUUUUAGGUAUUUCUUUAUUAUUACGGCAAAUACAUUAAUUCAUUUGCUAUAUUCUGAUUUGUCUAUUUUAGAAGUUGCUGCUCAAAUCCCGAAUGUUGAUACAUAUUUUUCAUCUAAAUCGUCAGAUUCAGACAUUGAAAUUCUAAAGGAAGAAGUUCAGAGAGCAAAAGAAGUCCAAAAAAAAGAAGCUCAAAUACUGAAAAAUGUUCUAAGAAAAGAAGUUGAGAGAACGAAAGAGGAUGAUAUAUUGGAUGAUCCCAAAUUAUGGGAAGAUGAACCAAUAGAAAAGGGAAAGAAAGAUGAAUCAGAACAAUAUACUUUUGAUUUACAAGUCGAAUAUUUAAAGAAAAUGUUAGAAGCUGUUAUUAAGGGGAAGAUGCAUGAACCAGGUUGUAAAAGUCAUUCUGAAAGCUACGGAGUGGCCAGUCUAUCUAAUCCAUCUAGAAUUAAAUCAUCUAAUGUUUGUUCACAUUCUACUAGUUAUAGCUCCGAUGAGUCAAUAAGUAGCAUAAGUUCAGGAAGUUCUGAUCCACUAAGUCAUCGAAAAACAUCGAGAUAUUUAUAUACUUCGGAUAUAGAUAAGGAGCUCCUGACGGUAUUAAGGCGUAACUUAGUGAACGGGACAAUCAUUUCAACCGUUCAAGCAAGUAUUGACCAAAAAUCGUACCUUUUACAACAAAAAACUGACGAAGAACAAGACCAACAAUCAAGACGUUAUCACAAAAAUGCACGUGUCAGAGAAUUCGCAAAAUUAGAACUUACUUCUAUCAUGAAUGAUAACAAAUAUCAUUUACAUGAAGAUAGCGAAACUGAUCCAGAUUAUCUGAAUAGUGAGAGAAUAAUUCAAAUCAAAGACCUUAGUUGGCAUUAUGUUGAUAGAAUAUUUGAAGAAAUGUCAAAAGCUACCAGCAAAUGGUAUUCUAACAUACAAUCAUCUCGCUCAACCACUUCUGUACAGCCAUCAAAUCAGACCACUUUUGUACAAUUAUUUAGUGAUCCACCCAUGCCCCGAAAUGAAUCAGGCGAAGCAACUUCAAGAUACCCUUCUGACAAUGAAUAA